GCAAUCAACCAUGGCAGAUUGGUCAGAGUGAUCGGUCAGAUUGGCAUUUAUAAACAGAGAGACCCAACGUUGGUUAAACUCAAGAGAAAGAAAAGCUUUCAUCUAAAUUUUCUUGUGAGAGAAGAGAUAGGAAAGAUGGCCGUUGUUGAGUCUGUUGUUCGGUUGCUUGUUAAAAAUCUCGGUGAUGUGAUUAUUCAAGAAGCCUUUUUCAUUUAUGGAGUGCGUGAUCAACUCCAAUUGAUGGAAGAUGAAUUUAGGCGGAUGCAAUGCUUCUUGAAAGAUGCCAAUGACAAACAAGAAGGAGAUGAGAGAGUGAAGAAAUGGGUGCAAGAUGUGGUAAGCAUAGCAUAUGAUGCCGAGGAUGCCAUCGACACCUUCAUCUUCAAGAUGGCACUGCUGAGACAAGGAGGAUUCAUGGGCACUGUCAAGAGAGUAGGGGCAAGUUCUGCUGGUCAAAGCCUCCAGGAAUGGAGGAUCCCUUCUCCUCAUGUUCAAGAACCAGAUUUAGUUGGUUUCAAGAAAGAUGCAGAAACAAUAGUGGUGUGGUUGACAGAGGGAGAGCCGCGGCUUUCUGUUGUAUCUGUAGUCGGAAUGGGCGGUCUCGGUGAAACCACUCUUGUUAAGAAAGUCUAUAACAGUGACAGGGUUAGGAAACAUUUCAAUUCUCAUGCAUGGAUUUCUAUAUCACAAGAGUACGCUGUGAGGGAUCUUUUGCAGAACAUCAUAAACAGCUACAUGGUGCUUUCUGAAGAGGAGCUCAAGAAAGUGGAGAAAAUGAAUGUUGCUCAGCUGAGGUAUAAAAUUUUUGAGCAUUUGAAAGAGAAGAGAUACCUGCUGGUGCUAGAUGAUAUAUGGAAGAACGAAGCAUGGGAUGCUCUGAAGGAUGCUCUUCCAGAUAUGAAUAAUGGCAGUAGGGUCUUGCUCACCACACGCAACAAAGAUGUAGCUUUACAUGCAGAUGUACGAAGCCAGCCCUAUGAAGAUAGCUGGGAAUUGUUUUGUAAGAAAACAUUCCCAGGACGAGAUGGUGGUUGCCCUCAGGAUUUGGAGGAGGUAGGAAGAGAGAUUGUGGAAAAAUGCCAUUGCCUACCUCUUGCGAUCGUUGUCAUCAGAGGGCUCUUAUCAAGGAAAGAACCAAGAGAGUGGAAGAAUGUACGCAAGAGCAUUAGCUGGCAGUUUGUCAAGGGAGAAGUCGAAAUCUCUGCCAUAUUAUCUUUGAGCUAUAAAGAUCUUCCCUAUUACUUAAAACCAUGUUUUCUCUACCUGGGAAAUUUUCCAGAGGACCGUGAGUUCCGCGCCAAGGAAUUGGUUCAAAUGUCGGCUGCAGAAGGGUUACUUCCAGAGAGAGGGGAAGAAACAUUGGAGGAGGUUUGUGAAGACUGUCUGAAAGAGUUGAUUCAAAGAAGUAUAGUUCAAGUCGCAAGAAGAAGUUCAAACGGUGGUUUCAAAACUUGUGUCAUCCAUGAUCUUUUGCGGGAUCUCUCCAUAUCAGAAGCCAAGGAAAGUAUGUUUCUAGAAGUUCACCAUGGGAAUGCAAAUGCUCCUUCCACAUCUCGAGCCUGUCGACUUGCAAUUCACCAUAACGACUUAAGCAGAUGCUUCCAGAAGGACUGCAACAGAUGACUACUCUCAAGAAAUUGGAGUUGCGGUACAUGCCCGAUGAAUUCAGAGACAGGCUUUGAGAAGACGAGGGAGAGGAUUGGCAUAAGAUUCAA